UCAUUAUAAGUAGCACCCCAAAACCCUAACCCGCACGCCCCAAUCGCGCCGCCGCUCGAGCCCCUCUCGCCCUUCGCGCCGCCGCUGCUGCAGGCAACCGCCGCCGCCGUCGCCGGAGCUAAACCCCUCGCCUGACGCCAUGGGGCGCAUGCACAGCCGCGGGAAGGGUAUCUCGUCGUCGGCGCUGCCGUACAAGAGGACUCCCCCGAGCUGGGUCAAGACCGCCGUCGCUGAUGUCGACGAGUUGAUCACGAAGGCUGCGAAGAAGGGUCAGAUGCCCUCGCAGAUCGGCGUUCUCCUCCGUGACCAGCACGGUAUCCCCCUCGUGAAGAGCGUUACGGGAAGCAAGAUCCUCCGCAUCCUCAAGGCUCAUGGCCUGGCGCCGGAAAUCCCAGAGGAUCUGUACUUUUUGAUUAAGAAGGCUGUCGCCAUUAGGAAGCAUCUUGAGAGGAACAGGAAGGACAAGGACUCCAAAUUCAGGCUCAUUCUUGUUGAGAGCAGGAUCCACCGUCUUGCCCGUUACUACAAGCGCACCAAGAAGCUCCCGCCCACCUGGAAGUACGAGUCUACCACUGCCAGCACUCUGGUGGCUUAGGAGGGCUCUUCAUCUGGUGUGCUCUUACCGGCUUCAGGACGGUCUUGUUCUACAUAUUAUCAAUUUCAUGUAACGCUUUUGAGUUUGGAGCGAUUUAGAUGAACAAGAGACCAAAUUUUCUAUGUUUACUUGGAGAAUCCCAUAAACCAUUUUUGGUUUUGCAAUUCUGUCUGGUUCUGUUUAGCGUCUGUCUACAAUUCAUCAGUUAAAAUUAGACAUUGUGAUA